AUGGUGCACCCCGAUAACAUUUUCAGAGAUGGUGUAGAUGUUCCAGAGGAGGUCAACGGAGAUGCUAUGCUAAAUGAGGUGAAUGGCGAUGUUAAAACGAUUGUCGUAGCAAUAGAUGUUCGACAAGACUUUACAAAUGAAAUGACUUUCACUUCUCGUCAACACUUGCUUGAGUGGAACCGAAUUGAAGCUAGUAAACUUGGCUUCGGCAUUGUGAUAGCAAGGUCCGACAAUGGCACUAGUAGAAGGCAAGCAUUUAUUGUGAUGACAUGCGAGAGAGGUGGGAAAUAUGUUCCAAAAAUUCAAAAGUUUAAACAUGAUGACACAGGAUCGAGAAAAUGUUUAUGUCCUUUUAAAUUGCGCGUAUCUUGUAGGGUUGAUGGUCUUAGGUCGGAAAUGCAACAACUUUUGAAACUUUUGAAUGAUAACCAAUACGUUUCAAGGUUCAGAGCUUGUGAGGGCAACUUUACUGUUUGUGACAUAUUUCGGACUCAUCACGAAAGUAUCAAGUUGUUCAACACAUUUCCAACCGUCCUUAUAACUGAAAAUAUGGUUGAUGUGGGGACCGAUGGUAACUGCGGGUAUCGAGUCGUUGCCAAUUUACUCGGUAAAGGAGAAUGGAAUCACACUCUUGUUCGUCGAACACUUAUUUUGGAAUUGACGAUGCAUAGGGAACUUUACACCCGAAUUUAUGAGACUAAAGACAUCUUUGAUAAAAUUCAUGAUGCCAUUGUUCCAUAUCUUACCGCUCACGCACCCGUUUCAAAGUGGAUUUCUUUCCCUGAUAUGUGCCAUCUUAUAGCAAGUGUGUAUGACAAGGUUGCUGUUGAUUCUACCAUAAUAUAA